AUACAAUUUUUAUCUUCCAGAUAAUGUUUCAUCUUUUUGUUUUGCAUAUUUUUUCAUAUUCCCAUCCCAUUUUUCAAAGCAAUUUCAUUUGGUUUUAUGCCCACAAAUUGACUCUUCCACAAUCUUUCUUUUAACAAGGAUCCUUUUCAAAUAAAUAAACUACUACCAAGGACAUCAAUCAAAGUAACAUACAUGGCAACAAAACCAAAAGAUAGUACUAGUAAAAGUAUUGUGGUGAAAAAGGAGAAGAAAACACUCUCAUCUAAUCCUGUCAUCACAGCCACAAAAAAGACCACAAGACCAUCAAGUGCAAGUGCUGUAGAGAGAUCCACCACCUCACUAUACCCAUCAGAAAAACAAAUUCCAAACUACCUUAAACCAACAGUUAGUUCACAACCAAAAUCACAAUCCUUAAAAAUCACAAAAAAUGAUAAUAAUGCUCCAAACAUUAAACCUCAUUUAAAUAGAAGAAGAUCUUUUGAUAAACCACCUUCACCUUCAAGAUUAACAAAACAAAUUCAACAAUCUCCUUCAAAGCUACAAAACACAGUAUUUGUUAAAAGCAAAAGCACUUUAAUUUCUUCUAAACCCAAUUUAGAGAGAGUUUCAACAAAGACAACAAAACAAAGUGCUAGUGUCAAGAAGAGUAGUAAUUCUAAGAAAGAUGUUGCAAAGAGUAGUGCUAAUGAUGAAACUUCAGAAGGAAAAAAUGUUGUUGAAAAUGAACCAGAAGUAAAAGUUAAAGAAGCUAUAAUAAAUGAAGAGAAUGUUGGAGAAGUAGAAAAAGUUGAGAAUAUUCAAGAAAAUGAUGAUAAGGUUGAAGAUGUAACUGAGAUUAAUCAACCUCAAGCUCAAGAUCAAGUUGACUCUGAACUUAAUCAAGUUCAAGAUCAAGAUCAAGUUGACUCUGAACUUAAUCAAGUUCAAGAUCAAGAUCAAGUUGACUCUGAACUUGAACAGAAUCAAGGGCAUGAUCAAAAUGGUGAAAAUCUUGUACAUGAAGAGAAUGUGAAAGAGGUAAUUUCUACAGUGUCAGAAGAAGAAGAAGCAAAAGAAGAUCAAACCAAAGAUGAACAAAAAGAGAGUGAGAAUGAGAAGACAGAUACAAAGCAAGAAGAAUCAACUAUUACUGAAAGUGAUGAACAAGAAAUAAAUCAAUCAACAAAUGAAGAAGUUGUUGAUGUUGUAAAAGAAAAAGAAGAACAAGAUGAUAAAGAAGAAGUUGUUGAGGUUGUAAAAGAAAAAGAAGAACAAGAUGAAAAAGAAGAAGUUAUUGAGGUUGUAAAAGAAGAAGAAGAAGAUGGAAAGAAAGAAGUUGUUGAGUUGGAGAAAGAAGAAGUUGAAGGAGGAACAAGUGAAGUAAUAGAAGAAAAAGAAGAAAAUGAAAAAGUUGAGAAUGAGGUUGAAGAAACGAAGGUGGAAUCAACGGAGGAAAAACAAGAAGAAGAAGAAGAAAGUAGUGUGGUGCAAGGGAAGAAAUUGACUUCACAAGUUUCCAAUGAUAAGAUUGAAGAGACUGCAAACAAGUUAAUAGAAGAGAGAAAGAAUAAGGUGAGAGCAUUGGCUGGUGCAUUUCAAAAUGUUAUUGAUCAUCAAAAGAAAUGAAAAUGCAAAAAUUAUCAUGUUGAUGAUGUGGAUUUUCUCAGCUAGAUGAGUACAUAAACAUGUGUAAUUAAUAUCAUUGUAAUUGUAAUUAACUUAUGUAUGUAAAUUGUGGUUAACUUAACACCUGAUUCCUGAUAAAAAUACAUGUAUUUUAAGCUUUUGUAAUUAUAUAUGUACAAUAAUAUUUUCUUUUGUCAUUAAACUAAAAGAUUCCAUAUUCGU